AAACUGAAAACCAGGCCUAAGUGUUCACAUGUCUCAACUCUAUUUCUUUUUCACUAACAAAAGGACAAGCAAAAAUUGUGUGAGUAUAAAAAAAUCUUCCAUCCAAGGUGCUGAAAUAUCAUGACCAAUAAUAAUGCAGAAAGGAAAGAGUGAAAUAUAAGGAUAGCAUGCACCAAACGCCCAAAAACGAGUGGUUACUAUUUCUUUUCAAUGAGAUUUUUGGGUUGCAAAAUCCUAAUUCCAUACCGCUUGCUUUCCUUUCUGUUCCUUAGGAGCUCUCCCAGAAGAAACUCCAGAAAGAGAUAAUUCUUUCUCAAUUACCUCACCUCUGAAUGGCUACAGUCACAAAUUUCUUAAGUAAGCCACCUUCUUCUAAUCUUUACUUCAUCCCAAAAAUCAAUUUUAUUUGCUCCCAUGGUUCCUUUCUACCAUCCUUUGUUGCUAGGCCUAGACCUUUUUCAACAAAACUAGAAACAGGCAAAGCCCCCCGCUUCAUUACCAAGGCUAAAGCUGCCCCUGGGACAAAGGAAACUCCAAGUGAUGAGAGAGUACAGAAAGUUCACAGCAUAGAGGAAUUCGAUGAAGCUCUUAGAACGGCUAAAAACAAGCUUGUUGUGGUAGAAUACGCUGCUAGCCACAGUUACCAUAGCAGUAAAAUUUACCCUUUUAUGGUAGAUCUUAGCAGGACUUGCAACGAUGUAGAAUUCAUCCUUGUGAUGGGUGAUGAAUCGGAGGAGACAAGGGAGCUUUGCAAAAGAGAGAAAAUAAAGAAAGUCCCACACUUCAGCUUCUACAAAAGCACGGAGAAAAUCCAUGAAGAAGAAGGGAUUGGCCCAGAUCAGCUGAUGGGCGAUGUGUUGUACUACGGUGACAGUCAUUCAGGUGUGGUUCAGCUUCACUGUAGGGAAGACGUGGAAAAGCUCAUUGAAGACCACAAGCUUGACCAUAAGCUGAUUGUUCUGGAUGUGGGGCUCAAACAUUGUGGGCCAUGCGUCAAGGUAUAUCCAACAGUGAUUAAGCUGUCGAAGCAGAUGGAUUCUGUGGUUUUUGCAAGAAUGAACGGUGAUGAGAACGACAGCUGCAUGCAAUUCCUGAAAGACAUGGACGUGGUCGAGGUGCCAACGUUCUUGUUCAUCAGAGACGGAGAGAUAUGUGGAAGGUAUGUGGGUUCUGGGAAAGGAGAGCUUAUUGGGGAGAUUCUAAGAUACCAAGGCGUUCGAGUCACUUAAAAAUGGCACGUCAAAUGAUACAAAAUCAAUUCCUACAGAGUAAUCCAAUUGAUUGUACUGCUACAUUAUUCAUGUCGAAAGAUGAGUUUUUAGUAGUGAAACUUCAAGUGUAGCCCACAUUAAAUCAUAUCAAAAGAGGACCAAAAUUUUCUUUGCUUCAAUCUUAAUCAUGAUAUACGAUUUAUUUGCUUA